AAACUUUACCAGAAACCUUAAACGAACCAAAGUCAAUCUUUGGAUUAACUCAAAUGGAAUCUUUACAUGAAAUAACUACCAUAAGUAGCAGCGAUAGAGAAUUAAAUAAUUUGGAUUCACAAAUCGAGAAACUUGUGAUCCAAAGCUUAGAGGAACUUCAGUCAAUCACGCAAUCCGAUGCCACAAAUCAGGAUGACAUCAGGAUGAGCUUCAUCAUUCCAAAGGUCAUGUCACAGCUGCAGAGCCCGAAUAUCCUCGCCGAGAGGCUACAGGCAAUGAGAACCGAACUAGAGUCGUGUAAGCUGCAUAUGCACGACAUGAGUAAGGAUAUAGGCGAUGUAUUUAUGGAUUUGCAUACUAUUUUCAAAACGCUGGAAAGUAAAGAUAAAAAAACUAUUUUGAGCAAGAAAGAUCGGGAUAGAUUGGCGAAAUGUGCCCACGAGGCGGAGACCGUGCAAGAGCUCAGCAAACACUUCCUUUUCAAUGAUCCGCGAGAGUUGAGUGCCAUGUUCAAGGCUCCCAAAGUAGAACCAAAGUAGAUCGAUCAAUGACUGAAAGGGAAAGUAGGCUGUGAUGCGACAAAUCAUUCUCUCAAUCUCUUAAAAAAAAGGAAAUCGUAGAGACUAUUGAAAGCAGUCCAGAUCCAGAGGCAGAAAAUGGAAAGUGGAGGGAAUCGGCGGACGGCCUGCAGCAGCAGUAUUCAACCUAACGAAUGGUCUUUAAUCUUCAGCAGUAAACUACAUUUUUAGCUGUUUUUGUACUGAACUUCGUUGCUGGUUUCUGGUAGCAACUAGUUCGAAGAACUUGCCCUUUUUGUACAGGGUACUCUCUGAAGUACAAGAAUAUAUUGUUUUUGAAUUUAAAACGCCUAAA